AUGAAAUAUUUGCAUAAUAUUGGUGGACAUCUUGGCAAAAAAUUAUUAUUCUUAUUCAUUUUGAUAUGCAUUUAUAAAGUAGUAGGAGUAUCUUCAAUACAGUCGACACCUUCAGCUGUAAUUAAUGAAGUGUAUAAAAAUAUUUUUGGAACUGUAACAGAAUAUAAUAGGCAAGCUAUUAUAGGUUUGAUAAUAAACAAAUAG